GAGAGAGCGCGGUGGGCGGGGACUCGGCCGCCGCUCAGGCCUUUAUAAAGUUAGUGUGUCUCGCUGGAGAUCCACUUUUUCUGCCUCUUCAUCAUCAAAGGGACGUGAUCUACUUGUCCGCCAUGCUGCUGCCGGUGGUAUUGCUGGUCUCCCUGAGCGCCGCGCUCGCUGCCCCCAGCCUGGACCCCCAGCUGGACGAUCACUGGGAGCUGUGGAAGUCCUGGCACAGCCGGAGCUACCACCAGAAGGACGAGGGCUGGAGGAGGAUGGUCUGGGAGAAGAACCUGAGGAAGAUCGAGCUGCACAACCUGGAGCACUCCAUGGGGAAACACUCGUACCGCCUGGGCAUGAACCACUUCGGAGACAUGACCCACGAGGAGUUCCGGCAGAUCAUGAACGGCUACAGGCGCAAGGCGGACAGGAAGUCCAGGGGCUCCCUGUUCCUGGAGCCCAACUACCUGGAGGCCCCCAGCGCCGUGGACUGGAGGGACCGCGGCUACGUCACCCCCGUCAAAGACCAGGGUCAGUGCGGCUCCUGCUGGGCCUUCAGCACCACCGGCGCCCUGGAGGGUCAGCACUUCAGGAAGUUGGGCAAGCUGGUGUCCCUGAGCGAGCAGAACCUGGUGGACUGCUCCCGGCCCGAGGGCAACGAGGGCUGCAACGGCGGCCUGAUGGACCAGGCCUUCCAGUACGUCCAGGACAACCAGGGCCUGGACUCCGAGGACUCUUACCCCUACCUGGGGACGGACGACCAGCCGUGCCACUACGACCCUAACUACAACGCCGCCAACGACACGGGCUUCGUGGACAUCCCCAGCGGCAAGGAGCGCGCCCUGAUGAAGGCCGUGGCCGCCGUGGGCCCCGUGUCGGUCGCCAUCGAUGCCGGACACGAGUCCUUCCAGUUCUACCAGUCAGGAAUCUACUACGAGAAGGAGUGCAGCAGCGAGGAGCUGGACCACGGCGUGCUGGUGGUGGGAUACGGCUUCCAGGGGGAGGACGUGGACGGCAAGAAGUACUGGAUCGUCAAGAACAGCUGGAGUGAGAAGUGGGGAGACAAAGGCUACAUCUACAUGGCCAAAGACCGGAAGAACCACUGUGGCAUCGCCACGGCAGCCAGCUACCCCCUGGUGUGAUGCCCCGUCGCCACGGCGACCAGCUACCCCCUGGUGUGACGCCGCCGCUGCGCGGCGCCUUUGUUUUCUAGUGUUUUUACUGCGAGACCUCAGCCGGAGCCGGAGCGGCAGGAGAUUCUGCCGCCGCCGCCUCAAAACACUCGUGUUGUUUUGUUUUGUUUUGUUUUUUCGUUUAGGGAAAUGAUGUCAUUUUAUUUUGGCGGUUUGUUUUUGUUUUUCAGAUUUCCGGUAGUGUUUUAUUCUUUGUAAAUAUGUGUAUGCUACUUGAUAUGCUGACACUUGCUUCAGUCAUUGUAAAUGAUUGUUUUCUACUUUUAACUGUGAUCAAUUAAAGUCGUCAAACACUA